GGUAAUCUGAUUGGCGAGUUUUUGUUUAUUUCUAUUUUGGGAGAACUAUUGUUAAAGUUCUGAAGAUGGCAAGUUACGCUGGAAUAGCUUCGAAAAAAUGUAACCGAAUCGAAUGCGUCAUCGACUUAAAUGUUUACAUGGAUCCUUCUGAAACAUUCAAUCGCAAAUAUAUUGACAAGAGAGCCGAAGAACUCUAUCUGAAAAUAACGCAAAUAGUUGGACCGAAUAAAAUUCGAAGUUUAACAUAUAACACAAGAGGAAAUUGGGUAUGCGAAUUAAAUUCAGCGGAAGAUGCAUUACUUGUAAACGAUACAGCUUUUCAAAUAUCCAACUGUAAGCAACACAUAAGCACUAAGAUUAGAAGCGAAAUCGGGCUGUUAAUAACAGUGAAAUGUGAUCCUCUAAUCGAAGACUCUGAUAUUAUAAAUCAAAUAAACCCCUUUACAAGCGAAAUAUAUUCGAUAAAACACACAACAUACCGCUUCGAUAAAAAUAUUAAAGAUGGACGGAGACUCUUUAGAAUUAAACCAUCGGUAAAGUUGGAAGAAAUCCCCCAUAGUAUCGAAAUUGAAGGCAUAAAAAUUGCACUCCAUUUUGCUGGCAAAUCGUUCCUAUGCAUGAAAUGCGGAAAUUCACACCCACCACAACAAAGAUGCAUCUCUCAAAAAACAAACGAAAACAAAAAUAACUUAGAUUCUGAAAAUAAAAUAUCUAUACAAAAAAACGAACCUGAAGUAAUCAAAAUCAACGUACCAAUAAAUCCUAAAAAAGAUCUCCUUAUCGAAAAGAAACAAAUUCCAUCAGAAAAGAAAAGCAAAAUCGAAAUAAGCAAAAUUCCUGUCAUAUUACAAUCUGAACCGGAUUUUGAAGUUGUAAAAUAUAAAAACAAACGAAGAGAAGAAAAGCGAAAUGAUCAUAAAAGUAAAGAAUCGGACGAAAACGAGAGCGACAUCGAAGAUGGUGAACUUAUCGAAACAAAAAACGAAAAAAUUCAUAAUAAAAGAAAUGCUCCACCACCAACCCCUCGAAAAGAAAACACCAAAAAAAUACAAAGAUAAAGAGCGAUUACGAUCGUUCCAUAAAAAAUCCAUGUUUUCAAGGACUGCACUUUUGGUGGAAUUCAAAAGGAAAAUUAAAAAAGUUCUAAAUGAAGAACACCAAAUAGCACGAGAAAACAACGUCUUAGAAGCAUUUAUAGACGAAACUAAAGAAAUCUGGAGCAACAGAAACAACACUUUUGAAAUUG